AUGCUUCUCGUGAAGAAGAAAUACUCUCUGGAUUUAGAACAAUGUUCUCUCAAAGUACUGGAGCCAGAAGGAAGUCCAAGCUGGAGUCUCCUGAAACUGCUGGGUGAUAGGGGUUGCACUGUGGUGGAACUGGUGGAGUUCUUGCAGGCCUUGGAGCAUACGGAGGCUCUCCAGUGUCUCAGUCAUUCAGGCGUAAAGAUUGUUGUACAGCCAGACUCUCAAGCAGUGCUCCCUGGCCAGGUCGUCAAGCUGUGUUGCUGGGCAACGGGACACCCGUUUGUGCAUUACCAGUGGUUCAAACAGGAAAAAGAGGUUCCCCAUGGUAAUUCUCCAGAGCUGGUUUUGAAUCCGGUAAAACUAAAUGAUUCUGGAUUUUACAUCUGUCGAGUGAACAAUGAAUCUUCCUUUGUGUUCAGUCGGUGGGCCCGACUAGAAGUUUGCGAUCUCCAAGAUAUGUCUCACGGGAGUUUGAUUGGUUUGCCUGAAAACAAAUUACGAAUUUGUAUUCAGCCUCAGCCACAAAACCUGACAGUGGGGGAUGCUUUGGUAAUAGAAUGUGGAGCUGUUGGAAACCCAAUUCCUCAUUACCAGUGGUUCAGAAAUGGAUUUCCCUUGGCAAAUGGGAGCAAAAACCUCUACAUGGUAACCAACGUGGGCAUGGAACAUCAGGGGACAUACUGGUGUCAUGUAUUCAAUGACCAGGAAGAUCAAGACAGCAAGAAGAUAGAAGUUGUUGUAGGAAGGAAAGCUAUGGCAGUGGAGUGCACAGAAGAAGAUCUAAGUGGUCUUCAAAAACCUGCAGACCUACAAGAACAGUCACAUGACAGACCUUUUGCAACAGAUAAGGUAGCUCUCUUGAUAGGAAAUAUGAGCUACUGGAAUCACCCCCAACUCAAGGCUCCCAUGGUAGAUGUCUAUGAACUGACCAAUUUGCUAAGACAACUGGAUUUCAAAGUUGUUUCUUUGCUGGAUCUUACUGAGUCUGAGAUGCGAAAUGCGGUGAAUGAAUUUUUACUUCUCCUGGACAAAGGAGUAUAUGGUUUGUUAUACUACGCUGGCCAUGGCUACGAAAACUAUGGAAACAGUUUCAUGGUCCCUAUUGAUGCUCCAAAUCCCUACCGGUCUGCAAACUGUCUGUGUGUGCAGAACGUCCUCAAGCUGAUGCAGGAAAAAGAGACAGGACUCAAUGUAUUCCUACUGGAUAUGUGUCGGAAAAGAAAUGAAUUUGAUGACACAAUUCUCAUCUUAGAUGCUCUGAAGGUUACAGCCAACAUUGUUUUUGGAUAUGCAACGUGCCAAGGAGCAGAAGCUUUUGAAAUUCAGCAGUCUGGGUUAGCCAAUGGAAUUUUCAUGAAGUUCUUGAAGGAGCGUUUGUUAGAAGACAAGAAGAUUACUGUACUGCUGGAUGAAGUUGCGGAAGAUAUGGGCAAGUGUCACCUUACCAAAGGCAAGCAAGCUUUGGAGAUCCGCAGCAGUUUGUCUGAGAAAAGGGCAUUAACUGAUGCCAUUCAACAAACGGUAUCUUCUGCAGAGUCCCUGGCACGGAAUCUACAGUGGGCCAAAGCUCAUGAGCUUCCAGAAAGCAUGUAUCUUGAAUUCAAAUGUGGAGUUCAGAUUCAGUUGGGUUUUGCUGCAGAGUUUUCCAAUGUUAUGAUAAUCUACACGCGGAUAGUAAAGAAGCCACCUGAAAUAGUAGUUUGCAGAGCCUACGUUACAGACUUCGCGCUCGACCUGGAUGUGGAUCCUAAAGAGGCCAAUAAGGGAACUCCUGAGGAAACUGGAAGCUAUUUAGUAUCAAAGGACCUUCCCAAACACUGUCUCUACACCAGGCUAAGUUCACUGCAAAAGCUAAAGGAGCACUUGAUUUUCACUGUUUGUCUGCACUAUGAGUAUCCGGGAAUAGAAGAAACAAUGGAUGAAAGGAAGGAAGUUAAUGUUGGGAAGCCCCUUAUUGCUAAAUUAGGCCUUCAUCAUGGAUUCAAAAAUAAUAGCUGUCUUCAGACCUGUUGCGUAGCCAAUAACCCUUUUCAUAAACAAGUGGAAUCAAGUCCAGUGACAACUAAAUACUACUUACCUAGUCACCACAGACCAAAUUCCUGUCCGGGGGUUUAUCAUCCGAACACUGUUUGUUCAGACAGCAUGAGACAACCAGAGGCAUGUUCUUGCAACGGGACUUCAAGCAUGUUAACUUCAAGGCACAAAGUACAGAAUUACUCAUCCCCUGUGGAAAGGAGUAACAUACCGAUAGAGACAACUGAUGACACCGUUGAACUAGAAUUCCUUCUUUCUGACAGCCUCAGAUUCUCUAAACAGCAAUAGCUGUAAUGUGUGCGGAAUGGAUCAGUUUCAUUCUUGAACUGGUGAACAGCCACGCUUUAUCUAUCUUCUAGAGUUUGGGGUCUUUGUGACAAAGGGAUUAGAGUGUCUAGAGAUGGUACUGAGGUUGAGGGUGUGAUGUAGGUUGGUCUGUUUUACUCUCAGGGAAAACUUCUCAGAUCCAAAGAGACAAAACUAGACUGAUAGAUUUAGGAAUAAAAAAGCAUGACUUAUAUAUUUUCUCCUACCAUUUGAAGUUUGAUGCAGGUAAAAACCUGAACCCCUCCGAGUUCCCCAUUCCAUGAACUGGGAGGCAAACAGCUGAAGCACAGAGAGGCAAGCAUGCAUCCCUGGGAGGAAGCUGCCUGUCUCUGUUAGGGAGAGAAUGCACAUUACCCUGGUGCUAGUGUCAGAGUCUCUCCUGAGAGGGUAAAGCCUUGGAUCUUCACCGCUGCUUCUCCUACAGUACCUAUUGGCAUUAUAAGAUUUACUGUAAACCUAUGUUUCCUGAAACCUGUGUUUUCAGUUGACAGAGGAAUGGCUCAUCCUACACAAAAACAAAAUGACCGUGUGUUAGUAGUCAGAGGGAAAACAUUGACACAAGUAAGCAGGAAAAGGAAUUUCCAUGUUCUGUAUGCUUUAACUUGAUUUUUAAAAAUCUGUUAGCCACAAAAUGAUAAAUACACAUUUCUCUUCUGCCUUUCAGUUUCAGUUGUUUGAUAUCCAGGUAUUUUCAUACAUACUGCAUUAAAAUAAGAUUUUCUGUAUUAGUGUAUGUUAUAAUUGCCUCCUGUUGAGCAUAUAAGAUAAUACCUAAUGUAAAUUACCUGAGCAGAGAAGGAGUUUUUCCAGAAGUGAAGAUUUGGUGAGCGUUUUAAUAUUCCAGUGUAAAAAAUCAUGUCUCUUGCAAUCCUCAGUUUCCUUUCCUCCUCAUGCAUGUAUGACGAUCAGUCAUCGACACUCUGCUCCCUUGGAGGUAGCUAAUAAUCAGCUUCUAUUGCAUUCUGCUUUCUCCUCUCUGGUCAGAUGUCCAAUAUUUGGUAGAAGCUGACAGAUGGAUGAAGAGCAGUGCAGGGAAAACAAAACAUGUGAGGUGGAAAGAGGAACUGGGACAAUAAACUGGCACUAUCACUUUUCAAGGGCAUUAGAUUGCAAAUUAUCAGAAGGAACAAAGUCACAGAUUCAUCCUGUGGUGGAUUGCUCUCAUGAAAAUCUUUCUUCUGUGUCACAUAUUUUAAGAUAUUUAUUGAUCUGAUUUAUGGAAAGGUGGUCUUCUGUUCAGGAUGAACGAUAAAUUGAAAUGUGAGAUGCGAUUAAAUACAGGGUUCGUGCUUGUUAAAAGUGCCUCUCUGUCCAUAACAAGUGAAGUGAUGUGUGGUCAAUCUCACAGUAAGACAUGCUGAAGACUAAAGCUAUUUGGGCAAGAUGAAUGAAAACUUUGAGGUUCGUCCAUCUUAAGUGCAGGGAUGAUGUUUCUGGGCAUCAGCCCUUGCUUUUUUGUGGUGAUGUAAAAAGAAAAAAAAAAUCCUACUCAGUUCCUUUCCAGGCCAAAUUAAUGCAUAUUCUUUCAAAUGAAAAUGUUGAAGGAAGAGCAGGAAGAGUCUUUUACCCACAACUGUGAAAACCCAAGGUAAUUAUUCCAGCACACACAAAUGGAUAAAUGCUAAAACUGCUUUAAAUGCAGUCUGCAGAAGGUGAAGGGCACUUGCUUCCUUUCACUGCCUGCAACUUACUGUAUAUCAUAUUGCAGCUUCUUCUACCUAUGUGCAUUGGCUCUGGAGCUCAAAAGUGGAGUUCAUCUCUCCUUGGACUAGAUGUCAAAAGUAAGCUAGUCUUCUAGGACCUCCAGGCUCUAGGACCCAGAAUUUCACUAUUCAAUGCGGAGGCACAGGCACCUUCAGCAGGUAAUUGAUCCCGUGCUGAGAGAUAAAUGAACUGCUUGCAUGCGAUGCUUCAUUACUUGGUUGACCAAAGAGAGCGUACGGAGCUAGCUUGGGCUAGCUGCUUGACUUUGGAGAUGGCUAAGAUUAGAUGCGAUGAAGGAGUCCAUCUGAGGUGACUCGCUUCUAAUAGGUACUUGUCUAGGGAAAGGAAGCUGUCAAAAUUUUUUGAUCUGUUUUCAGGAAAGGGCAGUUCUUGCUUUCAAACUGCUUUGCAUAUUCAGAUUGAAUAAUUCCAUACAAAAAACACGCAUUAACUUGUUAAAUGUUUGGGUUUGCUUCAAAAUAAUGAAAAAUCUGUUAUUUACAUAUGUGUAUUUGGUAAUUGGUUUGAGAACAUUUGGAGAUGUUUUAUUUGGUCUUUAAAAGUCUUGGUGCUUGGAAAGGAUAAAUAUUAGUAGUGUGUGAGGUAACUACUGUUCAAGGGAGUUGUAUGGGCAGCAGCCUCGCAUGCCCUGAUAAUACUCAUAAGCAGCAUUGCUUAGAUUAAAACUUAUUUUUCCCUUAAAUUGUUUACCCUUCCUUGAAAUAAUUUUUGACAUUUGGAAAAAUCAUUGUAGUGCUUUACAUUAAAUAGGUAGCAAAAAAUAGUAAUAAAAAAGGAGUAAGAGAAUAUUUGAUUCUCAUUGAUACGAUUGAGAAACCAAACUCGUUCAGCUGAGCAUGCUGCCUUCUGGUAGGAUCUAGUCUUAUACAGCCUUAUGGCAUUUUGGCUGGACACCUAGGGAGGUGCUAUUUGUGGUCAUAACAAGUCUAAACCAGCCUGGAGUAUUAGCAGAAUUGUUGACUAGAUCUGUGGAUCUUCAGGUUUGUCUGUGCUGAGAGAUGGAUGUUCCUUGCUAGCAGGUAUACAUGGAUAUUAAUGUAUUUAUUUCUAUAAUGACAGACAUGAUUGAAGUGAUCUGCAAAUGAGCUUGAUUUUCUAAUUUUAUUCUUUGGAGGGUAUUAGUGAGAUACUUUUUAAUGCAUGAGAUGUACCUAUGCAUUAAUUAUCCUGGGUAAUUGACUUAUAAAUCAAAAUUAUAGCUGGAGAAAUGAUCUAGUACUGUAAUUAGCUGACACUUUGUCAACAGUUUUCUAAUUUGUACGGAGACUUAUUCCUUUUCUUACUAUUGAAAUAAAUUAUGGUCCGCAAAAAGA